AUGAACGCCAGUCUAUAUCUUAACUCCUUCGGUUGGAAGGAAGGAGAGGCUCUUCAAAAGGGCGGAAUCAAAAAACCCAUCUUGGUCAAACACAAGAAAGACACAAAGGGUCUAGGCGCAGAUGGGAACGAUGCUGACAUGUGGUGGGAACGACUUUUCGAUGGCCAAUUGAAGUCAUUGGAGGUGAGCAAUGGCAGUGCUGGUGUUAGUUUCGAGCAAAACCAGGCCAAGGUGGAAGACCACACAAGAAAGGCAAACUCUGCAUUGUACAGAAUGUUUGUGCGUGGUGAGGGGCUUGCCGGCACUGUUGGAAAAACUGACAACGCGCAUGUAGCUUCUGCCAAGGUGAGUGCAAGUGAAGUUCUAGAUACAGUGGAACGGGAGAUGUUACAUGGAAAGAAGAGUGAGAAGACAAAGAAGGAGAAGAAGGAGAAGAAGGAGAAGGUAGAGAAGAAGGAAAAGAAGGAGAAGAGUGAAAAGAAAGACAAAAAGGAGAAAAAAGAAAAGAAGGAGAAGAAGAAGGAGAAACAGACUGAAAAGAAAGAGAAGAAGGAAAAGAAGGAAAAGAAGGAGAAAAAGGAAAAGAAGGAGAAAAAGGAAAAGAAGGAGAAGAAGGAAUCGACGGGGAAGAUAGAUAAGAAGACUAAGAAGGAACUGUCUUCGCUGCUACAACCCCUCGAAGAUCAGAAGCAGAAGUCAAAAACAUCUACAAAAGACACCAAACUCUCGUCUUCACACAAGAAACGUAAGAGAGAAGACGAAAGCCAUAAGUCACAGAAAAAGAAAAAAUAA